AAAAAUAAAAGGUAUGAAAGCAUAAUAACAAUUGAAGCUAUUUUUAUAAAGUUGUACACAUGGAAUUUUAAACGACCAAUAAUACGAGUCUACAUCAAUCUUUAAAAAUAUAUAGAAUAUAUUGCAAGAUAAAAAUGAAAAAUCAACAUGAAAAACUUAUAAAAAUUAAAAUUAUGGGAAUCAAUGAAUCUAUAAGAGAAAAAGUAAUAAUGUCGGUACUGUUUGAGUAAAGCUAAAGACUUUUUUGGCCAUUUUUUUACUUUUACUAUUUAUAAUUAGCAGAAUACAUGAUUUCUAAGUUGUUGAAUUGCUUUUUAAGAACAAAAUUUUAUAUUUUGAAAUAUUAUGGUUUUAAUUCCAUUAAUUUCUAGAUAAAUUUUGUGAGGUUUUCUUCUAUUUUUACUUUUAAUAAAUUUUUAUAUUAUUAAUUAUUUUCAUUGCAAUCUAUAGUUGAGCAUAAGGAUCAUGUAAUAGAAUAUUAUGAAAGGUACAUGUGGUUAUAGGACAAAGAAUUAGAAUUAAAGCAAUUUAGACAUAAAAACAGAAGACAAACAAAUAAUAUUUAAAAAUAUGGUAAAAACAUAAUUCAUAAUAUUUUUAAAAAAGAGAUUAGAAAAUAUGAGAUAUGUGAGAAAGAAAAUACAUGAAUAUAAACAGAUAAGAAAUUGAUUAAGAAAAAGUAUAGUUAUGGUUAGACUAAAACUUCAUAAAAAGAUGAAAAUAAACCCACAAGUGAUAGAAUAGCCUUUUAUUGUAAGAUAUAAAAAAAUAAACCCACAAAAAGAUGUAAAUCUUCUUUUAAAAGAAACAAAUAUUUAAUUUAUAAAUAUACAGGAAAAUUAAGAUUAUAACUAGUAUUUUUUUGGUAUGGGAUAUGACAAGAGUCAUUUAGCUGAAUAACCACAAAAUGGGCCCACCGAAAGAAAAGCUCUAGUUAAUCUACUUAGAUUUGAUUGGUACGCUGACAAAUCAGAAAAAGGUUUAAAAAAAAUAUUAUUGUAUUCAAUUGGAAUAUUCUUGUCUUUAUAAUGUACAUACAGUACGUUUGGGCUGAAUCAUCAUCGUCUUCGUAGUUUCUUACAUAUCAGAGCCGCAUUGUCAAAACGAUUCAGUAGAUCUGUGACGACUUCCUCAAAAUCUCAUCAGAAUGAAGGCUCUUAUUCUAGUUGGAGGAUUCGGAACUCGAUUGAGACCGCUUACAUUCAGCAUUCCAAAACCCCUAGUUGAUUUUGGAAACAAGCCCAUGAUUUUGCAUCAGAUUGAAGCUCUAAAAGCUGCUGGAGUUACUGAAGUUGUAUUAGCUAUCAACCACCAACAACCAGAGGUGAUGUUAAAUUUUGUGAAAGAAUAUGAGAAAAAGCUAGAGAUGAAGAUCACCUUUUCUCAAGAAACCGAACCCCUCGGGACAGCAGGGCCUCUCGCUUUGGCUCGUGACAAGCUUAUCGAUGAAUCAGGCAAACCCUUUUUUGUGCUGAACAGUGAUGUUAUCUGCGAAUAUCCACUGCUCGAGAUGAUCGAAUUUCACAAGAAUCACGCUGCUGAAGCUUCAAUCAUGGUGACCAAAGUAGAUGAUUCUUCUAAGUACGGUGUGGUGGUUAUGGAGGAGGAAGGUAAAGAAGAAUCAAGAGUUGAAAGUUUCGUUGAGAAACCAAAACAUUUUGUAGGGGACAAGAUCAACGCUGGGAUAUACCUCUUGAACCCGUCUGUGCUGGACAUGAUCGAGCUGAGACGGACGUCGAUAGAGAAAGAGAUAUUCCCUAAGAUAGCGUCAGAGAAGAAGCUUUACGCCAUGGUGCUACCAGGUUUUUGGAUGGACAUUGGUCAGCCAAAAGAUUACUUAACAGGGCAGAGAAUGUAUCUCCGCUAUCUAAGAAAGAAUGCACCAGAGGAGCUUUUAGCGUCGUCCGGAGAUCACGUGAUCGGGAAUGUUAUUGCGGAUGAGACCGCGGUUAUAGGGGAACGAUGCUUGAUAGGACCUGAUGUGGUGAUUGGUCCAGGAUGUGUGAUUGAAUCCGGUGUGAGAUUGUUUGGUUGCACUGUUAUGCGCGGUUCUCGGAUCAAGGAACAUGCUUGUGUGUCUGAUAGUAUCGUGGGAUGGGAUUCAACCGUUGGAAGUUGGGCUCGUGUAGCUAACAUAACGGUUCUUGGCAAAGAUGUUCGUGUCGCUGAUGCAGAGGUUUAUAGCAGCGGGGCUUCUAUCCAAGAACAAAUCAUAUGACUAAUUAAUAUAUGUCCAGAAACUAUGAUUGUGUGUUUCUUUUUUUUUACUAUAUGAUCAUCAUAUGUCAGAAUCUUUUGAACCUUUGUGGUUUUCAAUUACUUUUCUUUCUUUUCAAAAAUGGUUCUUAUUUGACACUAUUCUUAACUCAAAAUAGACUAAAAUCGCUCUAUUA